AUGACUGCCACAGAAAUGAAAAGAAAUCAGGGGAAUGAUGAGCUGCCAUGUCUUAGUAAUUAUGCUCCGUGGAAAGAGCAGAGGUGUCUGAGUCUGCAGGAGACAAAGGUGAAGAUGAUUCUUGCAGAAAAGGCAAAAGAAGAAAAGGUAAAGAAGAGAGAACCCUGUGACUGGCUGUCCAAAGAGUGGUUCAGUGAAGACAAAGAGUCACUAGAUACUCGCAUCUAUUUGCUUGACAAACUCCUACCUACAUUAAUCGCAGGGAUAGAAAAACUGUCAAUGGAAGUGGAAAGAAAGAAUGUGCUUGCACCAGACAAAGAACCAACCACAUUUAACCCCAUUAAUUUUCUUGGAGAAUACCUGAUGAGACAUAACCCUCAGUAUAGUAUUUCUACAAAACCAGGCCCAUACCUGAGAGGAAUGAAGAUGGUCAUGGAGGAGCUAAAAACUGAGAUGCCAGGUACAACAUCAGAGAGGCUGGCCAGGAUGAAGUCUGAGGCAAAGAACAAACGUAAGGAAAAGGAGCAGGUGGACAAUAUGAAGUCUCAGGUGAAAGAGAUGAGAAAGGAGGAGCUGGCAAUUCAGUUCAAAGAGUGGACAGUGGAUGUCAGUGGCAGAAUACCGGUUGCACUGGUUCAGAGUGCCCUGAGGUCUUUUCCAGAUGUCAUUGCUUCUACUCCCAUAGAUAUGAAAAAAGCAAUCUAUGACAGGAAGCUGGAAAUCGUAGACACAUUGGAAAAAAAAGUAAACAUAGAUGAAUUCACAGAGUAUGUCCAUUCCUACACUGAACAUUUUUCAAAUGACAUGUUCCAAGAAAUCCUGAAGCAUCUCUGUCAGUGUGCUGAUGACUUCCAAGAAGCAAGAAGACAUGAUAUGCGGAGGCAAAUGUUUACUGAUCUCUUCCUAGAUUGUGAUUAUGGAAAGGUUGGUCUCUUAGACAGACAAAAAAUACUUGCCCUCCUGGCAGACUUCUACGACAGAAGCCCUGUGAUUGCUAAGAGGGGAUUCUGUAACCCAAGACAGUGGCCAAUAAGUGAGCUGCAAGAGAUUGAGCUUGCGGAGUUAUGGGGAGGCCUUGAUGACCAGGAAGUUUGUGAGGAACUCAGUGAAACGUUAGUCUUGUCUCAAACAGGAAUUUCUGAGGGAGAGAUUUUAGCAUAUGAACCUGUAGAUGAUAAUAGACAAGGCCCAUAUAGAAUGAGAGCUAGUGUCAAAGAAGGUCUUUUUGAACAAAUGGCUAGUGAUUUGGAUGGAGAUACAAUACAUGGUGAGAAAUCCAGUUUCCAUGAAGACAUCAAAACAGAGAGUCAAACUGAGUCUGCAAGUGCAGACAAACAGGAGGAAGCUUUCCCAGGAUCAGCCUCUACUGGGUACAGUCUCAGUAGAGGUGGAGAACCUGGAUCUGAAAAACAGGUGGAGGAAGAGGAAUUUAGCCUGGGUAGAGAGCCUGAUACAGAAACCAAUAGGGAAGAAGAUUAUUGUAUCUCGGACAGAGAACCUGGCUCAGAAGGGCAAGUCAGUCAAGAGAAGGACAACUGGAUUGCAGAGGCAACCAACACAAUUUCAGGACCAACACCUGAAGCUACAACCAUGACCUCAGAAGACAGAGCUGUGGCAGACAUGGACAUCAUUGCUUCAAAACAGGAUGCUCCAGUUACAGAGGUUGUGAAAGAAACUCCUGCAAGAAAAGAGAGUUUUUCUAGGCGGCAUGGCAGCCAGUUUGGCCACCUGACAAACUCAGAGACAAGACUGCAGGAUGAGGAUCUUCUGCAAGAUCAAGGUAAAGACUUACGUCCCAUCAUGGCAGAGAUUCAGAACCGUUGGGCUUCUCGUACUAGGAGUGCCUUUGAUGAAAGCUGCCUCAACCUGCCACAGUUUGUACAGCUCAUGGAGACAUUUGUUGGUGAAGACAUUUCUCUGCCUAUUGUGAAGAGGCUUAUUGCAUUUAUCAAAGAAGAAUACAAACAGACAGAAGAGGAAAAAAGGGAACAACUAGAAAAAGUUCACCUCAUCUCUCGCUUGGCCCAACGGAAACUGCUUCUGGAGGCACUUUUCGAAAAGUGGGACAACAGUGCAUCUGGGUUUCUGGACCUGGAAGAAGUGGAUGCUGUUCUAAGCACAUUCAAGGAAGGGAUGGAAAAAGAAGCCUUGAGGAAGGCAAAGAAACACCUUUGCUCCCGUUACCCACAGCUCAGCAGAGUGGGGAAGCUAUCCCCAAAGGCAUUCCAGACUUUGCUUGAGUUAGUUGCUUCUGAGUUCACUGGCGACGAGGAUGAAUCUAUGGAUAACUUGGUGGAAUUUCUGACCACAAGUGUGGAACAAAGUCGCAUGAAGUGCUUGCAAAGCUUAACCAGGAGGAAAUGGCUGCAUGAUAUCCAGCAAGCAGCUGAGACCAGUGGAGCGAGCAUGGAACCGGUUUACAAAGCAGUGUUUAAGGCCCUCUCCCAGGAUGCAGAAGCCCAUGGGGAUAACAAGAAGAUCAGUGCAUAUAUUGCCCUUUUGGAAGAAAACCAGCUCUCGCCAGAGCGGGGACAGAUUCUCCUACACUAUGUGGCAUGUACCACAGAUGAUGCUCCGUAUGUUCUAAACCAGAUACUUUACAGAGACAUGAAAGGAGUAAGCUUUGCAGCUGUUGAAGAGGGAAAGCCAAUCCAUGUUCCAAGAGUUCAGUUCCAUGGAAAUAUCCACUUCUGGAACACUGACCGCCCAGUGGAGGAAAGAAGAGGUUCACUCCUGGUACUGCCAUUGCACGAUGCUCGCUGGAGAGUCUUUGGCAUUCUAGGACUCGACACUCUUCGGGACCAGUGUGAGAAAACCAUCUUUCUGACCCAUGAGAUCAGUUUCUAUCAGGGGGUUUCUCAGGCAUUCAGCAAAGCCUACCACCAUGUCUGCAGAUUGGAAAAUGUUCUACAAAUGACUGUUACUGCUCUGGACUGGUUGCAUCCCAGGGCACCCAGCAUCCACACCGUUAUUACGUACCUGGUGGAGCCUGGCAAAGACAAGAUAUGUGACUAUGCUCUGCGCAAGGUGAUUACUACAGAUAAGACAGGACAAAAAGAAAUUCAUAGCUCUCCUGUUCUUCUCCUCAGAAAAGAAAACCUCUUAAGAGUUUACCUAUUUAAGUGCAUAGACAGUUCAGAGGUCAUUCACACUUCUGUCUGUGGAGAAUACCACAUUGCAGUACCUCUCCGUGACCUAUCAGGACAAGCUCUUGGGAUAUUUGAUAUCAGCAUCGGACACCACCAGAAAUUACCACCUCAUGAACACAAAGACCUGCAGAAAAUGCUAAAGAUGGCCCAAGCUGCCUGCUCUGAGAUACUGAAGAUGUCUUUAGAGGAAACAGAACCAACCUAUGUACUGGAGGCAGAACACGUGGCAAAUUUGAGGCAUGCAGGGAUUCUGUUCCACCGGCUCAUGCUGCAGGAUCUGCGCCAGUGUGUCCAGAAACUGGAUGCUGGGAGCUUUGCUGAAAUAAAGAGCUAUGUAGAACCACCAGCUCUGGUACAUAACAUAGUUAAGGCUGUGCUGUUGCUUCUCCAUCCAAACUGGAAGGGCUCAGAGAAGACUGAGAACUGGAGUCAGUGUAUACUGAAACUUGAUGACAAUUUGAUUCAGGAGAUUUAUUGCUUUGAUCCAACUGCUGCAUCUGUGCAAGUUCAAGCAGAGCUCUUGUUGGACUGCAUCACUGGUGCACCUAGAGCGGCGGUGUGGCAGCACGGCUCAGUUCCCGUCGAGUACCUGUACAACUGGGUACUCGCCUGCCUGUCACUAGCAGAGAUCACAA